CGGAAUCUGUGCCUCAACGGUACCUAUAUCUACCACCCCACCUUCGACAAAUAUACAACGUUGUACAUGAAGAUAUGGAACUUCUGGGAUGACCCACUUAAUGCAGAAUAUAUAUUCGGCCAGUUGCCAGAUACGAACUCGGAAUUCAUUCUCGUAACCAACUUUCCUCAAGGUUUCACUUUCAUGUCGGAGCACUGUUCAAAAUCACCACUCUAAAUCCUGUUUCAUCACUCGAGUGACUGAUUUUAACAUGGGGGAGCCGAUUGGAAUUAUUGGCGCUGGAAUAACAGGCCUGGCCACUGCCAUGGUCCUCUCUCCCAAGCACGAAGUCACCAUCGUCGCUCGAGAUAUGCCAGGCGACCUCGGAUUCAACUGGGCGAGUCCAUGGGCAGGUGCAGCAUUCCACCCGCAAGAUAAAGCCACCAAAAUAGCACAAGAAAUGCAAAUGGAUUCCUUCCACUACUACUGGGCUCUCGCACAUCGGGACCCGAAAAGUGGGGUGCAAGUCCUGCCUCUGACGGAAUAUUUCGAUGAUCGAUCGGAUGACUCGCAGACUUGGUAUAAGACUCUCAUGCCAGGUUAUCGAGUUAUCCCCAAGUCGGAGUUGCCCAGUGGAUGUACGCACGGGGUAAAAUACACCUCGCUGUCGAUGAAUCCUCAAAUUUUGUUACCAUGGCUCAAGGAGCAGUUGGUGGCCAAGGGUGUCAAGUUUGUGAGGGCUGAAGUCAAGUCCUUCGAUGAGGCUCGCGCAAUAACAAAGGCGAGGCUUAUUGUCAAUGCUUCUGGCGUUGGCGCGAAAACUUUGGCAGGCGAUGAUUGUGUGAUGCCUAUCCGUGGUCAGACGAUGUUCGUUAAAACUGAUUUCAAUGAGUUGAUCAUGAAAGACGGAUCUGAGUAUACAUAUGUUAUUCCAAGAGCGGGGUCUGGAGGUGUUAUCAUUGGUGGGGUUAAGUCAGACAGACUGGAUACCGAGGUGGACGAGGAAUUGAAGAGCGAUUUCUUGAUGAGAGUGAACCGUCUCACGAACGAUACAUUCAAGAAUGUUGAUUUAAAAUCUGUUGAGGAUAUCAUUGGCUUUCGGCCAGGGAGGAAGGGAGGAUUGAGAGUGGAACGGGAGGGAGAUGUGGUACAUGCUUAUGGUGCUUCAGGAGCUGGAUAUAUAUAUUCGUUUGGGGUAGCGGAGAGGGUAAGGAAGUUAAUUGAUGGACCUAUUAAGGCAAAAUUGUAG